AAUAAUUCAGCGGGGGCCGGACCAGCGGAGGGGGCACCUUUGUGAUACGCGCGCUUAGCUGCGGUAGGUGCGCCUAGCUGAAAAAGAUGGCUGUCCACGCGAGAAGAACAGCGUGAUCGCCCCUUACCUCCCCGCCCUUUCUACACUCGCCCCCGUGAAAGACAACCUUCAGAGGCCACUGAGCUUUAUCUUUGCCGCGCACGGAGCGAUCCCGUAUACUUCACGUCCCGGCGGUGGUGUGCGUGGAAGGCUCGUGGUUGUGUGUGUGUUAUAGCAUGCGAUUCUUCCCUGGACCGGCGUAUACAGAGCCAGAGUAAAGAGAACAAGAACGACAUGCCGAUCAAAAAGAAGGACAAGGACAAGAAAGACAAGGAUAAAGACAAACACGACAAACAGGACAAAUCCCAUGCCACACCCUCUGGAACCCCCCAAACAGGACCCCCGCAGGCCCCCCAGGCGGGGGCGAACCCCACCUCUACCCCUACCCCUGCCUCUUCCACCUCUGUCCCCCUGACUCAGCAGCAAUCUCCGCCUCAGUCCUCCACUCCCUCGAAUACCCCCACGGGUGCCGUGCCCCCUGGAGGGGCAGCCCCUGGUCCCCCUACCUGUUAACGGGCCCCCCAAACAUGCCGGGGUUGCUGCGGUACAUCCACAGCACCUGCGACCAGGACACCCUCACUUGCCGGCCUCCUCCUACACCAACAUGCUGGACAAGAUCCAGUUCACCGGUCCCCACAUCCGCAAGGACAGAAACAGAGGGUCGUCGAGGUUCAACAUCAGCAGGAAUAGGGAGAUACAAAAGCUUCCCCCCCUCAAAGAUGCCUCGGUGGCUAAUCGCGAGGAGCUAUUCGUUCAGAAAAUCCGCCAAUGCUGUGUCAUCUUCGACUUCAACCUGGACCCACUCAGCGACCUCAAGUACAAGGAGGUGAAGAGGGCCGCCAUCACGGAGCUCGUGGAGUUCAUGACCUCCCAGAGAGGAGUCAUCACCGAGCUUAUUUACCCCGAGGCAGUCGCCAUGGUGAGGAGUAAUUUAGUGGGUGUGGCCAGCCGGGUGCAUGCAUUUGGAGUGGGUGUGUCUCACAGAAGCCGUGAAAAUUUCAAUGAAUGGCAACGCAUCUCGUGACCAGAAUAAUUUGCAGGGUCAUCCAAUAUUGAGGGCAUACUGGGGUGUCAAAAUAUCAUGAAGUUAUAGCUGUGCCACAGUAUGUGUGUAUAUUUCUCCCCUGUUUCGUGUACCCAGUUCUCUCAUAAUGCGUUCCGUGCCCUCCCUCCCUCCACGAACCCCUCGGGGGCGGAGUUUGACCCCGAGGAGGACGAGCCGACCCUGGAGUCCAGCUGGCCACACCUCCAGCUGAUCUACGAGUUCUUCCUCAGGUUCCUCGAGUCACAGGACUUCCAGCCCUCAAUCGCCAAGAAACACAUCGACCCAAAGUUUGUCAUUCAGUUGCUGAGUCUAUUUGACAGCGAGGACCCGAGAGAGAGGGACAUGCUCAAGACCACACUACACAGGAUCUACGGCAAGUUCCUGGGUCUCAGGGCACACAUCCGAAAACAGAUCAGCAACAUCUUCUACCGGUUCAUAUAUGAGACGGAGAAGCACAACGGAGUGGCCGAACUGCUAGAAAUUUUAGGGAGUAUAAUCAAUGGCUUUGCUCUUCCACUGAAAGACGAGCACAAACAGUUCUUACAACGAGUCCUCAUACCUCUGCACAAGGUGCGGUCAUUGAGCUGCUAUCAUCCUCAACUGGCCUACUGUGUGGUCCAGUUCCUGGAGAAAGACCCCAGCCUCACGGAAUCAGUGGUGAUGGGUCUCCUGAAGUACUGGCCCAAGGUCCACAGUCCUAAAGAGGUGAUGUUUCUGAACGAGUUGGAGGAGAUACUAGACGUGAUGGAGCCGGUGGAGUUCGUGAAGGUUCAGCAGUCGCUGUUUCGGCAGAUUGCACGCUGCAUCUCCAGCCCUCAUUUUCAGGUUGCGGAGAGAGCUCUGUAUUACUGGAGCAACGACUAUGUCAUGAGUCUGGUCAGCGACAACUGUCAGACUCUCUUCCCCAUCAUCCUCCCUCCUCUCUUCCGCCACUCCAAGGCACACUGGAACAAGACUAUCCACGGACUGAUCUACAAUGCCAUUAAGACAUUCAUGGACAUGAAUCAGAAGAUGUUUGAAAUCUGCAACGCGAAAUAUGAGGAGCAGCUGAAACAACAAGAGGCCCAUAUUGCGGAGAGAGAGGAAGCAUGGAGUCAAGUUGAGAAGCUUGCAAUCCAGAGCCCUCACUACCACAAGCUGGCACGGCCCGAGGUCAUCACGGCACCGAUGGUCUUCCCUCGUAUCGAACCCAUGGAGACGGUCCCCGAGAGACUGAACCUUCCCCCGCGGGAACCCCAGGAGGUGGGGCCCAGCAUCCCCGAGGGGGUGGGGCCUGGUGUGCCCGAGGGGGCGGAGCCCGAGAGGCAGAUGGAGGUGGGGACUAGUGAGAGUGGUGCCUCCUCCUCCCCCGUGGGAGAGGGGGGCGGGGCAGAGGGGACGACGGUGACAACGGAGGGAGGGGGAGAGGGUGUGAUUCAUAACGUGGAGGAGGGAGAGCAGGAAAUGGGAAAUCCCAAAGCAUCUCUAUUAAUUCGUCGCAAGUCAGCCCUGCCCCAGGAUUUCGAGACGGCCACGGCGCUCCACCAGUACCAAACCAAGGACAAGAUCUUGCCAGCAGCAGACGAGACGUAGCCGUCGUAUCGAAUCGGGCACUUUUCCAAUUCCACUACUGUCUCUUUACCAGCCAUCGCGAUCCCUUGUGACCCUCCCCUAAAUUUAUUGGGUUAAGUAAUAUUGAACCGUGUCGUUUAAUUAGAACUGUGGUGUACUUUGCACUCUGGCCUCCAUACAUCACACACGUGCAAUUCUCACUGUUAGUGUAUGAUAUGAUAAUAUUAUGUAUUGUGCUAGUAUUUCUAUAAUAAAAAAUGGCAGCCCAUGAUGUGUAAAGACC